GUGGCCAGCUGUUUGUCAGUUGUCUUUGUUUUGUUUAUGCUGUCGAUUGUAGAAUGUUACACUUUUUACUACUUUAAUUAUUAUUAUUAAGAAUCACAGAUCAUUAAACAAAUUCAGAAUUUAUAAAUUACAUUACAUCGGCUUCUCAAAGAACUAUCAAUUUAACAAUGGCGGAUAGGCUAACGCAGUUACAGGAUACCAUUAAUCAGCAAGCCGAGCAUUUCUGCAACAGCAUAGGUAUUUUACAACAAUUUUCAAUACCUAGUAAGUUCCCUGGGUUUGAGAGAAGCGGGUCGCAGACACCACAGCAACAGCAGAACCAGGAGGACUAUGCUUUGCUAUUCGCUACAUUGAUUUCCCGCUGUGCCAAGGACAUUGACACACUUAUAGAGUCGUUGCCUAGUGAAGAAAGUUCUACUGAACUUCAGGUGCAGAGUUUGAGACGAUUGGAGGCUGAGAAUAAGGAAGCUGCUGAGCAAUUAGAGGAAGUUGUGCGUCAAGGAGAAAUACUCUUGGAGAAGAUACAAGGAGCCCUUAGUGAUAUUGCACAGAGUCAGCUUGAUAUGCAGAAUCCUGCCCUAAUUCUAAAUAAGGAUGUGAAACCUCAGUUAUAGGAUAUGAGAAGAUCCAGUAUGUGGGGCAAUGGCAGACAUGAUGCUUUUAGCAUCAGCGAUCGGCGUUUUAGUUGCUUUUCGGAAGCUCGAUUCCGCGUUUGAAUGCUCUACUCCAAGACACAUACAAUCCCAAGUUCUAGCGAUCAAGUCGAUUUUUGGAAGGUCGAUGCUAUGCUACGCCCGAACACUAAAACGCGCGAUUUAGUGUAAAUUCAGUGAUCGCAACAAGUCGUUAAAAGCAGCAUUUAAACAAUCGCUAAAACUCGCGAAUUUAAUACACUGAUCAAAUGCAGAAAGUCGUUAAAACGUUGCAAAAUGACGCAAAAUCGCCGAUCCUUUAUUCUAAUAGUAUCUUGUCUGCUGUGGCCCUUAUCGCUUGUGAUACACUUAUAUUAUUAACUAGCUGACGCCCGCGACUUCGUCCGCGUGGAUUUAGGUUUUUCGAAAUCCCGUGGGAACUCUUUGGUUUUCCGGGAUAAAAAGU